GGGGAAGGAUGGCUAUGGAGGUUACCCCAGCACGUGCUCAGAGGGCCAUUGACCAUGAGGAAUACAGCCUGUACAGCAGCAUGAGUGAAGAUGAACUUAUCCAAAUGGCCAUCGAACAGAGUCUGACUGAGAACUCUCCAGGUCAGCCGGCUUCUGCCAGCUACCAGAAACCCCAUGUGACGGCCCCGGGGGAAACAGCUCUACCCAAUCGAUCAAAUAGACCACCAGCUCAUUUUUAUCCUUGCACUCGGUCAGCAGCGUCUCCAGGGAACCAAUCUCAGCCUUCCACCGCAGGGCUGUUCCAAGGGGUCAAGCAGAGAUACAACAGCAGCUUGUUCAACAACACCCAACCUGUAGUAAUCGAUCCUGUGGUGGCAGCCAUCAAGAAAGGUGAUGAAAAUGCACUCACCAGCAUGAUCCAAUCAGGGAAAAACCUUUCGGAACCUAACAAAGAUGGCUGGCUUCCGCUGCAUGAGGCUGCAUACUACGGUCAGCUGGGCUGCCUGAAAAUCUUGCACAGAGCAUACCCCACGGUUAUUGAUCAGCGUACCCUUCAGGAGGAAACAGCACUGUACCUGGCGAUCUGCAGAGGAAAUCUAGACUGUGCAUUGUCCCUGCUGCAAUGUGGAGCCGAACCCGACAUUUCCAACAAGUCCCGGGAGACUCCACUUUACAAAGCCUGUGAGCGCAAGAACGUGGAAGCCGUGAGAAUGCUGGUGCAGUACAACGCGGACACGAACCAUCGCUGCAAUCGGGGAUGGACGGCCCUCCAUGAGGCGGUGGCCCGCAAUGACCUGGAAGUUAUGGACAUCCUGGUGAACGGGGGUGCCAAGGUGGAAUCCAAGAACGCUUAUGGCAUCACCCCUUUAUUUGUGGCUGCCCAGAGCGGCCAAUUGGACGCACUGCGUUUCCUGGCAAAGCACGGUGCGGACUUUAACACCCAGGCCAGCGAUGGCGCCUCCGCUCUUUAUGAAGCCUGUAAAAAUGAGCACGUGCUGGUUGUUGAGUUCCUCUUGGCCCAGGGUGCAGACGCCAACAAAGUCAAUAAAGAUGGUCUGCUGCCUCUCCACAUAGCCUCCAAAAGAGGCAAUCACAGGAUUGUUCAGAUGCUGCUUCCGGUGACCAGCCGGACCCGGGUCAAACGCAGCGGUGUCAGCCCAUUGCAUCUGGCAGCCGAGAGGAACAACGACGCCGUGCUAGACGAGCUCCUGGAAGCGGGCUACGAAGUGAAUGCCAUCCUGUCCCCGGAGAGAUCCCGGCUGUACGAGGACAGGCGGACCACCGCCCUCUACUUCGCCGUCAUCAACAACAACGUCUAUGCCUCCGAGCAGCUCCUGAGAGCCGGAGCCAAUCCCAACCUGGACAUGAUCAAUCCGCUGCUCAUCUCCAUCCGCCACGGCUGCCUGAAGACCAUAAGGCUGCUCUUGGACCAUGGGGCCAACAUCGAUGCCUACAUCUCCUCCCACCCCACCACCUUCCCGGCGGCCAUCAUGUUCUCCAUGAAGUGCCUCUCCCUGUUGAAGUUCCUCAUGGAUCUCGGCUGCGACGGCCACGCCUGCUUCAAGUGUCAGUACGGAAAUGGUCCUCAUCCCAACCCGAAAGCCAUGGCCAACAGGUUUAAUGACGUGCCCCUGGACAAGUCUCCGAGUGUUGUCCAAUUUUGUGAAAUUAUAUCUGCUCCCGAGGUUAGCCGGUGGGCUGGGCCAAUUAUUGACGUUCUCCUGGAUUACGUGGGGAAUGUGCAGCUCUGCGCCAGGUUAAAGGAGCACAUAGAGAGCUAUGAAGAAUGGGCUGUCAUCAGAGAAAAAGCAGAGCCCCCGAGGCCGCUCGCUCACCUGUGCCGUCUGAGGGUUCGGAAAGCAAUCGGGAAGAACCGCAUCAAACUUAUAGAUACCUUACCCCUUCCGGGCAGAUUGAUUAGAUACCUCCAACAUGACAAUUCCCAGUAACUACAAGCAACCCUAAGGAAUGAGCAGCUUCCUCAUCUGGUUUUACAAAGCUCAUCUAUUCAAUAUGAGGACAGUGGUAUCCCCGGCAUGAGGGUGACUGAGUAUUCUCAAGGAAAAGGCUCCAGACUGCAUCCUCAAUGAUGCAACAGAGCUAAAUAUUAUUGUUGUGAGCAACUGAAUAUGGACUGAGAGGGAGAAAAGCUGUGAGCAGCAAAGAGAGAACAAAGAGAGGGAGGAAGAGUGUGAGAGAGGGAGGAAGAGGGACAGGGAGAGAGGGGAACUGUUAAGAAGGCUGCUAGGUUUUGAUUUCCAAACAGAAGGCAAAUAUUCUGAAUUCCAGUUGUACAGAUUUCAGGCCUGUCCAUGGAAGUGAAAUCUAGCAAGCAUGUGAACCAGUUAAGUCCCGGGGAUAGAAAAAGUAGCUUAAGGGGUUCAGGAAUAAAUAACUCUAGAUUUUUAAGCAGAAAUGAAAAGUAGAUUGCAUCCAAAUAACUGCCAGGGACUGAAUUUUAGAAUAGAUAGUUGACCCUGCCUGGCUCAGAUAACCCAAAUUCUAGUGCAUGAUUCUUUUGUUUUCUUUCCUCUCCAUUAGAACUUUCACUUACUUCUCAAGUUUCUUCCAUGGCUUGUUUCUUUUUUUUUUUUUUUUGGCAUUUUGCUAAAUUACUACAGUAAACGCUUUAUGGGUGAUACAUAAGAAUUACCUGGAGAACUUUUUGGAGAAGCGCCAUUCAAACUCUUGUGAUGUUUCAGUGCAUCUUUCACACACCCCACUUCUGCUGGAGAGCAACCAUACUGGAGGAUGAAUGAUGCUCUCAAAUAAAACACAGAAGUGCUGGAUGCUGGGCCUCUGUUUGGAGUGAACCAAGAAUCCCUUGGUAAAAUGCAAAAGCCUCAGGAUUGAAUGACCAGUUUCCCAUUUUCCUCUAUUCUCCGGAAUGACCUUGUGCAUUUUUCUCAAGUUUCAAGCGUAUGGAUACUCAUUGCAAAGUUCCAUCACAACACUAUAACAUUAGCUAAGCCUUUCACAGCUAAACCGGAUGUUUACACAGACACAGUUCUCAUGCCCGGGCAUCUGUUCUUCUACUAAUGUUGAAUCACUGAAAAAUGAACAUUCAACCCCAAAUUUGCACAGUAGUUUGAGACCUGAGCAAUGAUGGAACUUUUCCUGCAUCUCUGUGGGUUUGGAGAUGACCGUGCUAAACCUGGGCACAUCUGGCUGCCUGAUUCCCUUCUCAGUGAAGUUAGAGGGGUGAACCCAUCCCCUCCCUGGCCGAUCUUUGGAGUGUCCCAUAUUAAUAACUACCCCUGACAAUCAUCACCCCUCCCUUCCACACCGAGAUUCAUUCAUUCAUUCAAUUGUAUUUACUGAGCACUUACUGUGUGCCGAGCACUGUAUUAAGCACUUGGGAAGUACAAGAUGACACAGCUCUGCACUAAGAGAGGAGCUGCUGCUCCUCUGAGCCCUGGACGUGUCUCUGUCCCCACGCUUUUGUCGAAAAAAUUGCAAGGGAGAGUUGGUCUUUAUUAUCUCAGUUAUUUCUGUGCCAAUGUGCUUAAAGGAAGUAGAAGUCCAGAGCACAGUGGACUAGCUCAUUCUGUAAUCCAAAACAGCGUCCUUUCUGGGGAUGAAAGACACAAACAUCUAUCAGUUCCUGUCGCUUGAGAUAAAGACCUCUAUGGACCCGGAAGUCAAAAUCAAUCUGUACGGUAACAGCUUGGUGGUAGGGAGAUAUGAACAGACCCACCCAUGGUUACAUCUCUGAGAUACCCAAGCAAAGGAAAUAGUCUAUCAGAUAUAUAUAUGAUGAGUUGUUCCAUGGAAAGAAAGAGGACUGAAUGGAAAAAUCUCAUUCUCUGAUGGAACUUCCAAGUCAAUUUCAAGGUCCAGGUGGUAUCUUAUCAACUACAAAGAGAACUGGGGCCAUUCGGGGUCUCCUCUAAGCAUCUCUGUAGGUCAGGGCUGAACCAUGCAAGCCAUUCAAAACUGUGGGAUUGGACAGGAUAGAAACCAAUUUCAAAAGAGGAGGUGUCUGCAUGUUUUUAAAUUAGGUGCUACAAGGGCUGGUUAUUGCUCGAGUCACCAACUGUGAUCCCAAGAGUUUCACUUCUCGGUAGAAUACUGGCAUACAUUCAGGAGGGAAGAACAGAACACAGAGAGAGAGUCAGGUGAGUUUCUCAACAUCUGUUCCUGGAUCUCCACCGCUGCCUGCAUCUCUCCUACAACCUCGUUUACACGUUUACUGAUUUGCACUGAGACCCAGGAAGCUACCUAAGCAGUCAAUUAUUUUGUUAUCAGAAAUGAGGCCUUCCUUUCUAAUACCAUUACAGUACUUUAAUACUAUUUGGAGUUAAAAAAAGAGAAAGAAAAAGGACAAAGCAGUAGAGCUAUUCCAAUGUAUAAUACGAAGUAUUGAGUAAUAAUAGUCAUUUUAAGUACUUUUUGGGACAGGUGUAGGACAGAUCUCAGUAGGAUUACUGUGCUUUUUUAUAUUAACAUAGGCAACUCACCUUUAUUGGGGCAUUUGUGCACUUUUACCUUUGGGGUGUUUGGGGUUUUUUGUACCAAAGCUUUUAAAAUCAUGUUUCAUAAGUUUCUUCUGCUCUAUUUAUAAAAGUUAUGUGGUGUCACAUUGUUUGGAUUAAGUUUUAGUAAAUGGGGUUUGCUCAGAA